UUCCUUCACAGGUUCCAUCAGCACCAACGCUCACAUCCACUUGACCUUCUCGCCCUCCUCCCCCGUCUCCGUAUUCACAACUCACCUCUUAUUUAGCCCUAUUUCGUAUUUUGGAAAGAUGGCCAGCAGCUUCUCCAGGGUCCUGUCCUCCAAGCGCACCGUCGGAAUCCUCUCGGUGGUCGGCGGCUCCCUGACGGCCGGAUUUCUACUGCAUCGGCAGCACGUCAAUGCAGGAGCAUCCGGGCGGAGGCUCUACCCCGCCAGUGCGGACUACCCCGAUCUGCGCAAACACAACAACUGCAUGGCCAGUCACCUGACGCCCGCCAUCUACGCCAAGCUCUGCGAUAAGGCCACGCCCAGCGGCUACACGCUGGACCAGGCCAUCCAGACGGGCGUGGACAACCCCGGGCACCCCUUCAUCAAGACGGUCGGCAUGGUGGCCGGAGACGAGGAGUCCUACGAGGUGUUUGCAGACCUGCUGGACCCCAUCAUAAAAGAGCGGCACAAUGGCUACGAUCCUAAAACCAUGAAGCACCCCACCGAUCUGGACUCCAGCAAGCUCCAGUCGGGCCAAUUUGACGAGCGCUACGUGCUAUCGUCCCGGGUGAGGACGGGCCGCAGCAUACGCGGGCUGGGCCUGCCGCCUGCCUGCACGCGGGCCGAGCGUAGGGAGGUGGAGCGUGUGGUGGUGGACGCCCUUGCCGGCCUCAAGGGCGAUCUGGCCGGCCGCUACUACAGCCUGACCCAGAUGACGGACAAGGAGCAGCAGCAACUCAUUGAUGACCACUUCCUGUUUGACAAGCCGGUGUCCCCGCUGCUAACUUGUGCCGGAAUGGCUCGUGACUGGCCUGACGCCCGCGGCAUUUGGCACAACAACGAGAAAACCUUCCUGAUUUGGAUCAAUGAGGAGGAUCACACCAGGGUCAUCUCCAUGGAGAAGGGAGGCAACAUGAAACGAGUCUUUGAGAGGUUCUGCAAAGGCCUCAAGGAGGUGGAGCGUCUGAUCCAGGAGCGAGGCUGGGAGUUCAUGUGGAACGAGAGUCUGGGCUACGUCCUCACCUGCCCCUCCAACCUGGGCACCGGACUACGGGCAGGGGUCCACGUUAAACUGCCCCUGCUGAGCAAGGACCCUCGCUUCAAUAAGAUCCUCGACAACCUGCGUCUGCAGAAGAGAGGGACAGGCGGCGUGGACACCGCCGCCGUGGGGGGAACCUUUGACAUCUCCAACCUGGACCGCCUGGGACAGUCUGAGGUCCAUUUGGUGCAGACGGUGGUGGACGGCGUCAACUACCUGGUGGAAUGUGAGAAGAGACUGGAGAAAGGCCAGGACAUCAAGGUGCCAGCGCCCAUCAAGCAGUUCAAGUAGAGUACCUUCCCCCCACUAAGCACACUUGCACCCCCCCCUCAAUUCACACCUUACCUCCUUGACAAAGCCCCAGCCUAUGGCCAUCGAUAUCGACAUGAGAUAUCGAUGUCAAUAUUUCAUUUUGUGCUCCUUCAUAUCUAAUACAGAAUAAGCCCCUCUUCUUAUAUAAUCCAAAUAUUUAAAUGUCCUGACACUCUGGAGCCACACAAACGCUGAGCUAAGCUUCAGUGGGAUUUAUUUGAAUGUCAUUGGAAGUAAGAAAGUCCACAAGCCAAGAUGGCCGCCCUCCCACUGAAACCAACCCGGUUUGGCUCUGAACCCCCCCCCCCCCCCCCUUGAGCAUGCCUCCUCCUCCUCCAUGGUGCUCAUGCGACUCGUCACAUCACUUGAAGUGGAUCGGAAUGUGAGUCUCAAAAUGUCCAAGUCGGUUUCUGUAUUAGGGCCGUGGAAGCAAUAUCAUAGCAGCUCAUCACUGAAUGUCACACAUGUGUCUUUUAUUAAACAAAUCAUCUAUUUAGCAGGAA